AUGAAACACUUUGGUAAGUUAUUAGAAGAUGAAUAUGAAAGUGAAUUAUCUGUUGAAGAGUUGAAGGAAUGCAAUAUUAUGAAAUUACUUGGGAAACAAUCAUCACGGAUAGAGCUAGAGAUUUUGGAGCUGGCGUUAAAAAAGCGCGAACCUAAAGUUGAAGAAAAUGUCAAGAAAGCAAUGUUUUUAAAAACUAUCCAAACAAGUCAAACAGUUAGAGAUGCUUUAAAAGAUCUUUACUGUCUUAAAAAACCAGAUGGAAUAAAUUUUUCAAAGAAAAAUCACAUACUUCCAUUUGAGGAUGAGACAUCAUUAGAAUUUUUUUCUCAGAAAAAUGAUUGUUCAUUGUUUGUGGUUGGAUCACAUACCAAGAAACGACCCGACAAUUUAGUAUUUGUUAGGAUGUAUGAUGGACAAGUUUUAGAUAUGGUUGAAGUUGGAAUAGAGAAUGCAAUUCCAAUGAGUAGUUUCAAGACAUCCAAGUGCGCAAUAGGAAUGAAACCCUUAUUUAUAUUUAAUGGAGAUUUAUUUGAUACAUCAACUACACAUCAAACAUUUAAAAAUAUGUUAUUGGAUUUCUUUCGAGGACAAAAAUCAGAUUCCAUAGCUUUAUCAGGUUUAGAUCAUAUAAUAUCAGUUUCAGCGGUUGAAACGACCACCAAUGAUGGAAAAGUUGGAAAAAUAUAUUUUAGAGUUUAUAAGAUUCAUACUGAAAAAUCAGGACAAAAAAUUCCUAGAGUAGAAUUGGAAGAAAUGGGACCUAGUUAUGAUUUUGUGAUCAGAAGAACUAAAUUUGCUAAAGAGGAAUAA